AAUAAUUGAUUUUCUCUUUUUUGUUUUUUAGUAUGAUUUUUAUUUUCCCCCUAUCUAUGCUUUUUUACCACUUCGUUAAAACAUUUUUAUUUAAUAUCAACGCUUUGUUACUAGUCAUUAUUAAGUUUCUUGUUAAGGGAAUCUUUGUUGUGGAAUCUGAGGAAACAUUGAGUAUGAAAAUCGAGUAGUGUCUUUUCUUUUCCUCGCUAGAAUGAACGAGAAUCACUAAGAGUAAGAAGAAGAAGAUUGCACAGCACAUGUUUGAUGGAAAGAUUUGUUUCCCUUCGUUGGUUGAUUUGAUAUCAUUGAAUUUGUUUCGCUGUUUAUACUUUACAACCAACCAAACGGCUAUUCUGACUUUUUCAUCAUCUUUUCCAGUCUGGGUUUUUUUUUUUUUUUUUUAUUCUGGGAAUCCUAAGUGUUGUUUGGUACUUGAGGUGAUUUUGUGAAGUGAAUUCAUCACAUGUCACAGCCGAGGCAGAACAAGAUGUUGAUGAAUCCAAACACUGCCAAACAUGUAAUUGGUGACACAACCUAUACCAAGAUCUUUGUUGGAGGCUUGGCUUGGGAAACAAAAAGAGACACUCUCAAACGUUAUUUUGAUCAGUUUGGAGAGAUCUUAGAAGCUGUUGUCAUCACUGACAGAAACUCUGGAAGAUCAAAAGGAUAUGGCUUUGUUACAUUCAAGGACCCAAAUUCUGCAAUAAGGGCUUGUCAGAAUCCAUAUCCUGUGAUAGAUGGAAGGAGGGCUAAUUGUAAUCUUGCAUCUCUUGGUGCACAAAAAAUUGAUCCAUCAUCUAUGACAGCUACUAGACAAAAAUUCAGUAGCCCUUCUUGGAAUACAGCACCAAUUCCAGUUCAUCAAGGAACAUCCACUUGUUAUAAUCAGCAUAUUCCACAGUAUACAUUUCCUUAUCCACCCUACAGGUAUCCAGGUUACCCACCCCAACAAGAAGUAUAUGAAAUGCAGAAUUACUAUAAUGCAUAUGGUGGACAACACUUUCCAUUUCGUUGGUUACCAGCAUAUUACCAACCAAUUUAUGGGCUAAGUAGGCAUCAAUUUGUUCCAACAACAGCUUAUGUGAAAAAGACACAAUUCCCUGAUAUGUCACCUCAGGAGUUCACACCUACUGUUGCUUCAUCAGAACCUAUUUCAGCUUCUUCAUCAAUUUCUACCACUGGUUACGGGUUCAAGCGGUAAAAACAGCCACUGAUAUAAUUAUCAGGUUAGGCUACAGAUAUUACACCCAUUAGGUGCAGCUUUUUUUGAACCCUGCGUUAACGCAAGAUGCUUCUGCACUGGGCUACCCUUAUAUUUGCAUAUAUUACCGCAUUAUAUUUAAUUUAAUAGUAGUUGUAUUUGUGCAAACAUAGGUAUAAACAAAUUUUCCAAAAUUUUGACUAGAUUCUAAGUUGAUUGUGCACACUGAAUUUUGAAGCAGGAUUAAUAACAGGAACUGUAGACGCAGGAGGAGGAGGAGGAGGAGUACUAGGAUCACAACAAGAACAGAAAUCAUCAUCUUGAGGUUAAGUUUUCAUGAUGAGAUUCUAUGAACUGACCAGAACCAAAAAGCAAAACGACACUGCUCAAUAAACCAGAAAGCUGCAAAGACAUCACAUGACCAAUGAAGGAGAAUGGUUUAACCAAAAAAGAUGCCAUAACAACCAAAAUAACGUUCUGAGAUAAUUUUUCAUCCAUGGAACAGGUGAUCUUAGAGGCCAGUUACUGAUGAAAUUAUGAAAUCAUGGAUUUGUUUUAAUGUCUUUAAUUUUUUUUAACUUUGAUAAUUAUGAUGCACAGUAUUCAUUCAUCAGCAUUUGUCCUUUUUUCAAUUUUCAUUUUUUUUUCCAACAUGGGAAUCCUGCUAGG